AUGGCUUCGGUAGCGACCGAUGGUCCCACUCCGGGUACCGGGGCAGAUGUUGUCACUGCUUCCGAAACAGCAAAGUUGACAGACAAGCCUCCAACCCCGGCGGCAGCGUCUGGCAGCGCAGGUGCGCCCGCGACGGCGGCAAAGAAGAUGACCGCGGCUGCCGAGGCGAAGGCCAAAAAACAAGCAGAGAAGGCUCAAAGGCGAGCCCAAGCGAUUGCCGCAAAGGCCGCCGCCGCUGCCCCUCCGACAGGUCCUGUAUCGGCGACUGAGGCCCCAGCUACCCAGCCUGCCGUGCCGGGCGCCUCGGGGGAUGGAGCAAAGGGCGCCAAGUCCAAGUCGAAGCAGGAUGGGCCGCAGCAGGUGCCCGGCGGAGGGCGCCCUGCACACGGUGGAAAGCAAGCCGCCGCCUCCACGCAUGCAUCAUCACAAAAGGAGAAAAAGGAGGCCAAACCUUCGGCCCCGUUGUGCUUUAGCCAUCUUCCAGUUGCCAAGAGGAUCUCCCUGCCAGAAGCGGACAGGGAUGUACAUCAUGCCGUCCUCGCACUUGGCCAGAAAAUGGGGACGUUUACCCUGAGGGAGAACAUUUCCAGGCUCAGGGGGACGUUACUGGCAUUCAAGGAGGUUCUACUAUCAUACGAGGCGCCUGCCGGCAAUUCGUUCUCAAGACACUUUGUUCCAUACGUCUUGAAUCCGCAGAUUGAAUAUCUGACCGAGUGCAGGCCUAUGUGCUUCGCCAUGGGCAAUGCGAUUCGGCAGAUAAAGAGCCGCGUUUCGGAGCUAGACAUUGACACUUCCGACAAGACCGCCAUCAAGGCGCUGUGCAAGACGAUCGAUGCCUUCAUAGAGGAGAAGAUCAACUAUGCCGAGGUCAUUGUUACCAAAAACGCAGCAAAUAUGAUCGCCGAUGGCGAUGUCUUGUUGACAUAUGGCCACCAUAGGCUAGUACAGAAGGCUAUGCAGCUGGCAUGGGCUGACGGCAAGCGCUUUUCGGUCGUGGUAGUGGGUGACAGCACUGGUGCAAAUGGUCGGGACCUGGCCAGGCUACUGCAUACAGAAGGCGUCAAGGUUUCAUACGUCCCGAGACUUGUCGAACUCAGCGGUAUCCUUCGCCCAGGCACCAAGGUGAUACUUGGCGUCGAGUCUGUCUUUGCCAACGGCGCCCUAUAUGCUCCGUUGGGCACCAGCGAUAUUGCAGCUGCCGCAGCGCUACGGGACAUACCCGUCAUAGCUCUGUCCGAGUCCAUCAACGUAGACAGAGACCGCGUGGCAAUCGAGCCACUGACCUACAACGAAAUCGAGCCCGACAAGUUUACCGCAGACGGGUUCAGAUUACUCUUUGACACCACCCGUGAGGAGCACGUAUCCGUCUUGAUAACCGAGUUCGAGACAGAGACCGGGAACGCCCCGCCAAGCGCUGUUCUUGCAAUCCUUCGAAAACAGGAUGACCCUAACUGA